AUGAAACGUGAAGGUAUUCCUCUACUUUUUCCAAACGUCUUAUUAUUUUAUCAAUGUGAUAUUCAUAGAUUUCUAAUGGCAAAUAAAAGGAAUUCUACGUCAAUCGGAGAAGAAAAUGUUUUCGACGAAUAUAUUCCUGCAUUGUCCAAGUGCAUCGUCACGAUAACACUAGGUUAUGCUAGCGGAAGAUUUAAGUUAUUCUCCGAAAUAGACGCAAAGGGCAUGAAUAAAUUCGUUAUUUAUUGGAUCUUGCCUUCUUUAUUGUAUCUAAAUGUUGCUACCAGCGAUUUAAAUGUAGUUCGAUGGAAGAUGAUCGGUGCUAUUAUGGUAACAAAAUUAAUCAUUUUCGUCGGAGUCGUGUCUUUUUGCAUGGUAUGGAAGCUUAAACAGAAAUUAGUCGAUGGAGGAAUUUAUGCAAUGCUAUGUGCAGUUUCCAACGAUGCCGCUCUGGGAAACGUAUUAGUGCAAGCCUUGUACAGUACGUUAUAUCCGGAUCUUCCGGUGCAUUUAUUCCUAAUUCAACCGAUAUCUAUAUUGUUAUUUCAACCCAUUGCCUUGACCAUGGCGAAAACAAGUCGUAUUGAUAACUGUGACAGAAAACAUUUCUGGCUCGUUUGCACGAAAUCGAUUUGGAUAAGCAUGGGAAAUCCACUUGUGUUGGCUUUGGUUUUAGGAUUGAUAACCAGUGCGUGGAUACCAAAACCUCUACCGUACCUGUUCGUUUAUGUCUUGAAUGUAAUUGCUACCGCACUUCCUGCAAACGUCCUGUUUGUGUUAGGAAUGUCUAUGGUGGGAAAAUUCCAAUUAAUUUUCCAGACUAAAUAUCAUUCUACGGUUAUAAUUUGUUUCUUUCUUAAAAUGCUAGCCACUCCAAUAAUUCUUAGAUUAAUCACCUCAAAUUCGUCAUUUCUUGAAAAUAAAGAUGCAGAUUUCUCCUUUGUUUAUGGAGUUAUGAUUCCUUAUAACGGGGUUCUCGUCUUCGCAAACGAUUUUGGAAUUUCUUUAUAUCCGAUUCAAAUAAUCCUAAUGUUAUCGGCAUUGUCAUUCUUUCCUUUCACAUACGUAACAGCUCUAUCUACCGUUAAUGAUUUAAUUGGCUUUGAAAGAUGUUUAAACGACAUAUAUUUUUAUUAUAACGUCGUCAAUUUGACAUUCGGGUUUCUAACUUGUAUGGUUAACUUCAGAAGGAAAAACAAGAGCAACGACAUCUUUAUCUGGUUCGUAGUAAGUCAGAUGGUUCUAUCGACGGGUAACAUGUUAGUUGGGCACACGUUUAUAAUCCCCGAUGUCCAAAAAAUCAUUAGUUUAUUUGGACAAGUCAUGUGUAACUUUUGGACAGCAAAUUUAGCGGCUCAGAUUUAUCUGAAGGUUAACAAACGCCGCUAUUUUAUAUUGGUUGGAUUAGGAAUUCCCACAUCGUUGGCCGCUUCAAUUUUAUUUUUUAAUGUAUAUAAAUAUCGAAAUAAAAUUCCGAAGAAUUUUAUGGAUAACAAAAUGGCCAUCGGUGCCACUUUGGUUAACGUAUUGUGUGCCUUGCUGAUAAUUAUAGUAUUUUUGUCUUUAUACAUCAGACAUAAAAAUACAAUAAACGAAGAGGUUUCCGAGAAUGUUUCCACUUUAUAUAUAAUUGCUGCAAAUGAAUUUAGUUCGACAAAUCAUCUAAAUCGUUCGUCGCAAAGAAACGUUUGUCCCGAAGAAGUAAGCGACACUGUGCUAGACAAUUCUCAAACCGANAUUUAG